AAUAAAAUUCGUCUACCGUAUUUUAAAAGAAUUUUGCUUACAUCCUCCAUCUCUUAAAGUCAAAACUCCAAAUAAUUCUCUACCUUCUUUCCCUUUCUCUCCCUUCCAUGGCCGCCAGACUCCAAACACUCUUUCUCUCUCCUCUCCCCUCACCAAAAACUUCGCAAUCUCCUCCCAUGGCAUCUCAACCUUCUCUCUCUUCGAUCUGAUCUGCAUUUUUCUCUUUCAUCUUCUCAUCCUUUUCUCCAGAAUUUCCGUCGCUGAAGUAGAAUGGGAAGCAAAUGGAUAAAGGCCAGAUUAGCGUUGGGUUGCAUUCAACCCCCGCGCACCCUAGACGAAGACAUAAUCAGUAACAGUAAUUCUUCUUCCUCCGUCGCCCUCACCGCCGCCAACAACGGUUCUGGCGGCGGCCAUCGUCGUCGAUACUCCGCCACCGCGGAUUCUCUCUCCUCAUCCACUGCCUCCGUCGCAGCUGAUUGCCGCCCUUCUUCUCCCACCACUCCUACUCCUUCCUCUUCUGGCCUCCGCCUCUCCCGACACUCCUCCAAAUCUUCUUCUAAGAAGACCUGUGCAAUAUGUCUGACUACUAUUAUCCCAGGCCAGGGCCACGCCAUUUUUACAGCUGAGUGCUCACACUCAUUUCACUUUAACUGCAUCACCUCUAAUGUGAAGCAUGGUAAUCGCAUUUGCCCAGUUUGCCGAGCAAAGUGGACGGAGAUUCCCUUCUAUGGUCAGACUUCUGAAGCUCUCCGAGGAAAUCUGAGAGACAACUCGGUCAAUGGAAACAGAGAUAAUCCAUUGAUAACUUUGCAGCAGUUUCCUCUUCCUCAACCAGAUUUUAAUCAGAACAUCUCCCCAACAUAUCGGGUAGCUGAACCUGCUAUUUUCGAUGAUGAUGACCUUAUAGAUGAGCAGCAUUCAUUUAGGGAACAAUCUGCUCAUGAUGCUUCUGAUGACAGCUCUAAUAGAAGGGUAGAGAUAAGGACAUGUGCUGAAGUUUCUGCCAUUGCUAAGUCGGCAUCUUAUAAUAAUUUCACAGUUCUGAUACACCUGAAGGCUCCUGUUGCUAGAAUAAGCUAUAAUGAUGCUAACGCGUCAUCUCAAAAUUCUCGGGCCCCAGUUGAUUUAGUUACUGUGCUGGACGUGAGUGGUAGCAUGGCUGGUACCAAGCUUGCAUUAUUGAAACGAGCUAUGGGAUUUGUGAUACAUCAUCUUGGUCCUCACGAUAGGCUCUCAGUUAUUGUAUUUUCUUCUUCAGCUCGCCGUCUCUUUCCCCUUCGACGGAUGACUGACAAUGGUAGAAAUCAGGCUCUACAAGCAGUUAAUUCCCUCUCUUCUAACGGGGGAACUAACAUUGCUGAAGGUCUCAAGAAGGGUGCUAAGGUAAUGUUAGAACGGAAGUGCAAGAACCCAGUUAGCAGUAUCAUCCUUUUAUCAGAUGGACAGGACACAUAUACUAUCAAUGGUCCUGCUGGAGCACAAUCACGGACAGAUUACAAAUCACUACUUCCGAAUUCCAUCCAACAGAAAUCAGGAACAAGCUUCCAGAUACCAGUGCAUACGUUUGGAUUUGGUGCAGAUCAUGAUUCUGUUUCAAUGCAUUCCAUCUCUGAAGGUUCUGGAGGUACAUUCUCCUUCAUAGAGUCUGAAUGUGUGAUUCAGGAUGCUUUUGCCCAGUGCAUGGGCGGUCUGCUGAGUGUGGUUGUACAAGAGCUAGAAUUGGAGUUUAACUGCAUACACUCUAGUUUGCAAAUUGACUCAAUUAAAUCCGGAAGCUACCAUUCUCGGCUGAUGGCUGAUGCAAGAAAGGGUUGCAUAGCUGUUGGAGACUUGUAUGCCGAAGAAGAAAGGGAUUUUCUUGUGACAAUGAAUAUUCCUCAGGCAUCAGUAAGUGAGAUGGCAUUGCUGAAGGUUAGCUGUGUUUAUAAGGACCCAAUCACAAAAGAGACGGCAUAUUUAGAUGGAGGUGAAGUUGUCAAAGUUAAUAGGCCAGAAACAACAGAGCAUGUAGAGGUUUCCUUGGAAGUGGAUAAGCAGCGUAACAGGCUAAAAGCAGCAGAAGCUAUGUCUGAGGCUAGAUCUGCUGCUGAGCAUAAUAAUUUGGUGGGUGCAGUGUCUGUCCUCGAGAGUUGUCGGCAAUCAUUGUCAGAAAGUGCAUCAGCACAAGACCCCUUAUGCGUGGCACUACUUAACGAACUAAAGGAGAUGCAAGAGAGGAUGUCUAGCCGUCAGGUGUACGAGGCAUCAGGAAGGGCGUAUGUUUUGUCUGGACUGAGUUCACAUUCGUGGCAGAGGGCAACUGCAAGAGGCGAUUCCACAAGUAGCACCAAUCUUUCUCAAGCUUACCAAACCUCAUUCAUGGCUGAUAUGGUUACCCGUUCUCAGACGAUGGUGUUUCCUAUGCCACCUUCUCCUCCUGUGAGGCCUCCUCGGUCACUCUCUGGGCGUCCAAGUCCUAGGUAAUUUGCAAUCUAAGUAAAUUUUGAGGUUGCUGAUUUAAUAUUAUCUACAUAUUCUACCUUUUUUUAUUUUUGUUUUUAAAUUCACCCUUUAGAUGUUAGUUUUUUAUUUUUAGAAAGGUGGGGGAAGGAUAGGGAGAGCAGGAUAACUUGAUUUUGAGAAUUAUGGGUUAUGGUGUGGGUAUAUCCUUACACAUUGUAAAUGACUAAUAAUAUUGGGAGAAAGAGAAAUAGUUUUGGAGAAAAUUUUGGGUGGGAACGGUAUAGGUGGUUAUUGGUUUUUUCUUUUAUUGGGUUAGAAUUUUUUGGUGUUUUUUGUACAUAAAGCGAUAAAGAGAGAAAGUAAUGUGUUUCUUCUCUCUUGGAAGAAGGGGUAUAGCCUUGCAAGUGUAAUUUGCUUUGGAUAUUUGAAGAAUUUAAAUUCUUGACAAAGUGAAUUAAGUAUUCACUCUUGAUUCUUUCUAA